GGCAUAGCGCCGCGGGCCAAGCCCGGGUCUGCCAGCGCGGCGUGGCGUUUGCUCGCAGCCCGGGGUCGCCAUCUGUCCCGCCUGCCGGUCCGGUAAUCCAUCUUCAAGGAAUUGGGGAUUCGAAACAUUGGGAGUGUAAAGCAACAUGGCACAUCUACUGAAAUCGGUGGUGACUGGCUCUUCAUGUCCUUUGUUUAGCAACUUGGGGUCCUGUAAGGUUCUAUCUGGGAAGAAAGACUUUUUACGAACGUUUCAUACUCACCAGGCACUGUGGUGUAAAUCCCCGGUAAAACCAGGAAUUCCAUAUAAGCAGUUGACAGUUGGGGUUCCCAAGGAGAUUUUCCAAAACGAGAAGCGAGUUGCAUUGUCUCCUGCCGGUGUCCAGGCCCUGGUCAAGCAGGGCUUUAAUGUGGUCGUGGAAUCUGGUGCAGGAGAAGCUUCCAAGUUCCCAGAUGAUCUCUACAGAGCAGCAGGGGCCCAGAUCCAAGGGACGAAGGAAGUUCUGGCUUCUGAUCUGGUGGUCAAAGUGAGGGCCCCCAUGGUGAACCCGACGUUAGGCGCUCACGAAGCUGACUUUUUAAAGCCGUCAGGAACUCUUAUUAGCUUCAUCUACCCGGCCCAAAAUCCAGACUUGCUCAACAAACUUUCCGAAAGAAAAACUACAGUUCUGGCGAUGGACCAGGUUCCAAGGGUGACGAUAGCUCAGGGCUAUGAUGCCCUCAGCUCCAUGGCCAACAUUUCUGGUUAUAAGGCUGUUGUUUUAGCAGCGAAUCACUUUGGAAGGUUUUUCACUGGCCAGAUCACAGCUGCUGGAAAAGUGCCCCCUGCGAAGAUCCUGAUAGUUGGUGGUGGCGUUGCUGGGCUCGCUUCCGCAGGGGCAGCAAAGUCGAUGGGCGCAGUUGUCCGAGGAUUUGAUACAAGAGCUGCCGCUUUGGAACAGUUCAAAUCCCUUGGUGCUGAACCCUUAGAGGUGGACUUGAAGGAAUCUGGUGAGGGCCAAGGAGGAUAUGCGAAAGAGAUGUCCAAAGAGUUUAUUGAAGCUGAGAUGAAGCUCUUUGCUCAGCAAUGCAAGGAAGUGGACAUCCUUAUCAGUACAGCUCUGAUUCCAGGUAAGAAAGCUCCUGUUUUAUUUAGUAAAGAAAUGAUCGAGUCCAUGAAGGAAGGCUCAGUUGUUGUGGAUUUAGCUGCUGAGGCCGGUGGAAACUUUGAAACGACUAAGCCGGGAGAACUUUAUGUUCAUAAGGGAAUUACUCAUAUUGGCUACACAGACCUUCCCAGCCGGAUGGCCACUCAGGCUAGCACUCUCUAUUCCAACAACAUCACCAAACUUCUGAAGGCCAUCAGCCCCGACAAGGACAAUUUUCACUUUGAAGUGAAGGAUGACUUUGACUUUGGUACCAUGAGUCACGUCAUUCGAGGGACAGUGGUGAUGAAGGAUGGCAAUGUGAUUUUCCCAGCUCCCACACCAAAAAAUAUUCCCGAAGAAGCCCCAGUCAAACAGAAGACCGUGGCUGAGCUGGAAGCGGAGAAAGCAGGCACUGUCUCCAUGUACACGAAGACACUGACGACAGCAUCUGUGUAUUCGGCAGGUCUCACUGGGAUGCUAGGUUUGGGCAUUGUGGCCCCCAAUCUAGCCUUUUCUCAGAUGGUGACCACUUUUGGCCUGGCUGGCAUUAUUGGUUACCACACUGUCUGGGGUGUGACCCCUGCUCUCCACUCACCACUGAUGUCUGUGACCAAUGCCAUCUCAGGUUUGACUGCGGUUGGCGGGCUGGCAUUGAUGGGAGGGCAUUUUUAUCCCACCACAACUUCCCAGAGUCUUGCUGCUCUUGCUACAUUCAUAUCGUCAGUCAACAUUGCAGGCGGUUUUCUGGUGACUCAGAGAAUGUUGGACAUGUUCAAGCGGCCCACGGAUCCUCCAGAAUACAAUUACCUGUAUCUGCUGCCUGGUGGCACCUUUGUGGGUGGAUAUUUGGCUGCUCUCUAUGGUGGCUAUAACAUCGAAGAAAUCAUGUACCUGGGCUCAGGCUUGUGUUGCGUUGGGGCCCUGGGCGGCCUUUCCACUCAGGGAACAGCUCGACUCGGCAAUGCCUUGGGCAUGAUUGGGGUUGCAGGAGGCCUGGCAGCCACCCUUGGAGGCCUGAAGCCGGACCCACAGCUGUUAGCUCAGAUGUCUGGAGCAAUGGCGAUGGGCGGCACCAUCGGACUGGGCAUCGCCAAGCGGAUCCAGAUCUCUGACCUGCCUCAGCUGGUCGCUGCCUUCCACAGUUUAGUGGGUCUGGCAGCAGUGCUUACUUGCAUGGCUGAGUACAUUGUAGAGUAUCCACAUUUUGCAAUGGACGCCACGUCAAAUUUCACCAAGAUUGUGGCUUACCUUGGCACUUACAUUGGAGGAGUCACCUUUAGUGGGUCUCUUGUUGCCUACGGAAAAUUACAGGGUAUUCUGAAGUCAGCCCCUCUGCUGCUCCCCGGAAGGCACGCACUCAAUGCAGGCUUGCUGGCCGCUAGUGUGGGUGGAAUAAUCCCAUUUAUGGCUGACCCUAGCUUUACCACGGGCAUCACCUGUCUGGGCUCUGUGUCCGCACUCUCUACUCUCAUGGGUGUGACUUUGACAGCUGCUAUUGGCGGUGCUGACAUGCCUGUCGUCAUCACCGUGCUCAACAGCUACUCGGGCUGGGCUCUGUGCGCCGAGGGCUUCCUGCUCAACAACAACCUGCUGACCAUCGUGGGCGCGCUCAUCGGCUCCUCUGGUGCCAUCUUGUCGUACAUCAUGUGUGUGGCAAUGAAUCGCUCCCUGGCUAAUGUCAUCCUUGGAGGCUAUGGCACUUCUUCAACAGCUGGUGGAAAACCCAUGGAAAUUUCUGGCACCCAUACAGAAAUCAACCUUGACAAUGCAGUUGAGAUGAUCCGGGAAGCUAACAGCAUUGUUAUUACCCCAGGAUAUGGGCUCUGUGCAGCCAAAGCUCAGUACCCCAUUGCCGAUCUGGUGAAGAUGCUUACUGAACAAGGCAAAAAAGUCAGGUUUGGAAUCCACCCAGUUGCGGGCCGAAUGCCUGGUCAGCUUAAUGUGCUCCUGGCCGAGGCGGGAGUACCCUAUGAUAUUGUGCUAGAGAUGGAUGAGAUCAACAGUGAUUUCCCAGACACUGACUUGGUUCUUGUCAUUGGAGCUAAUGACACCGUGAAUUCAGCGGCUCAAGAAGAUCCCAAUUCUAUAAUUGCAGGCAUGCCAGUCCUUGAGGUCUGGAAGUCCAAACAGGUCAUUGUCAUGAAGAGGUCCCUGGGUGUUGGCUAUGCUGCAGUGGACAAUCCAAUCUUCUACAAACCUAACACAGCCAUGCUUCUGGGGGACGCCAAGAAGACAUGUGAUGCUCUGCAGGCCAAAGUUCGAGAAUCCUAUCAGAAGUGAAGAUCAAGUCGGUGCCUUCAGUUGCAGGAUCAGAGAAAUGAGGCAUUCAUAAAUGAGCAAAGCUCUCAAGGCCCGAAAGAAGCCUCACAAAACAACGGAGGUUUUCUAGAUCAGCAAUCCUUGAUUCUCAAAAAGCAUUGGAAAUUCUCAUCGCCUACCUAUUUAUUGUGGCCAUUGCCAAAAGGCAAGAGUAUUUUGUCAGCAGUGAAAGAGCAGCCUCACUUUAGACACAACCCUACUGGAUUUUCAAAAUCCCUUUCAGAAGCUAGAAAUGAGUUCAGAAGUUGAAUGUUCAAGAUUUCAGGAUAUGGUUUGGUCUGAAAAAUAUUACACAGUAUAAUCAUUGUAGGCACCUGCCUUUAGUGGGUUUUUUUCCCCCACCACCAAAUGUGAAUAAUUUGAAACUUGUAUUGAUUUCUGACCUGUCCUCUUGCAUUUUAGCCAUAGUCUGGAUUGAUCAUUUCAAAUCUGUGUCAGGUUAUCAGCCUUCACUUAUAGACUCUAGAUUCCAAAGAUCUAUUUUCUCACUUCUAUUUUAAUACGUAGAAGGUCUAGAUUGUAAAAGUAAUAACUUGUAUUUUCGAAAGUCCCAGUGCCAACUGGUCUUUUUAAUUUCAAUCAAUUAAGUGCUCUCAAACGGACUGUAUUAAGUGCUCUUGAAUGGAAUGCAACCAUUUGAGGAAUAAAUGAGUUCAUCAUGUUCUCAAA